GGCAGCCGGCAGGGAGGGCGGCCGGGCGGGCAGCGGCCCCGGCGCGCGUGUGAGCUCCUCGCGCCCCUCGCUCGCCCGCGGCCCCCGGCCCCCGGCCCCGGCGCGCUCACAGCCAUGGUGGGCCGGCUGAGCCUGCAGGAUGUGCCCGAGCUCGUGGACACGAAGAAGAAGGGCGACGGCGUCCUGGACAGUCCGGACUCGGGGCUGCCCCCCAGCCCCAGCCCCAGCCACUGGGGGCUCGCGGCGGCCGGGGGCGGUGGCAGCGGCGGGGAGCGCGCGCCGGCACCCGGGACGCUGGAGCCCGACGCGGUGGCGACCCCAGCAGCCCCGAAUCCAGCAUCUCUCCCCAGCCCCCUGGCCUUCGCCUGCUCGCCAAGGCUCUGCCCCCUGUCCUUUGGCGAAGGAGUGGAGUUUGACCCCUUACCACCGACAGAAGUAAGGUACACUUCCUCGGUCAAGUACGACUCAGAGAGGCACUUCAUUGACGACGUCCACCUGCCCCUGGGCCUGGCAGUGACCUCCUGCAGCCAGACAGUCACCUGCAUCCCCAACUGCACGUGGCGCAACUAUAAGGCCGAGGUGCGCUUCGAACCCCGCCACAAGCCCACCCGCUUCCUCAGCACCACCAUCGUCUACCCCAAGUACCCCAAGACCGUCUACACCACCACUCUGGAUUACAACUGCCGCAAGACACUGAGGAGAUUCCUGUCCAGCGUGGAGCUCGAAGCCACAGAGCUCCCGGGCAGUGAUUGCCUCUCGGACGAGUGCUGACUCAAGCCUGGGGGGGGUUGGACCAGCUCCUCCGUUGCCCUCGAGUGUGGCUCGUGGCUCGUGCCCCAGAGGAGUCUGACCUAGAGAUACCUCUAAGCCCAGCCCGGGGAAGGAAAAAAAUGUCACGGCCUCGUAUUAGAACCAUUGAGAGAAUUUGGUUUUUACAGAUGGUCAAAUUGUUUUCAAAAGGAGUAUAUUGUUAGUUUGCUGCUGCCCGGUUUCCCCAAAGUCUCAAUCUGAUGAGAAAACAGGAAG